AUGGCAUCAAACUAUGGAUCACUUGUGAAAGAAGCCUGUGUGCUGCUGGAUAAAUUCAGAGCUGGCAGACAAUGUCUGGAUGACUUUCUGGACGAUGCUUCGAAGGACCUGCAGGAGGUUGACGCUCUGCAGAGAAGGUUCAUCCUGGAUGCUGUGUCUGGUUGUGUCGAGCACCAAAAGCUGCUGGAUGUGGUUGUCAAAGGUUUCUACAUCCAGCAUGGAAAAUGUUUGUCCAAAAGGGAUCGAAGUCAGUUUUUGAUGGUGUGUUACCUCACGGUGUUUGCUCUUGAUGACCUUGGGCUCCAGCAUCUCAGCAGCAUCGUCAAAGCGCUGGACUCACAGAAGAUGCACACAUUCCUGAGUUUCUUCUUCUCAAACCUCACCACGUGGAUAACAGAUGAAUGGAGUCGUGUCUAUGAUGCUGCGUUCGUGGAGAAGCAGUGGAUUGAACCUCUGCUCAGAUGGCGCCCUGAGAUCAAUGUUCUCAUGGACCAGCUUACUGUCAAAAUGUCCCAAAGGGGCCAGGUUAAGAAAAGUCCAAUCAAACCCACGGAGCCUCAGGAGUUCUGCCUCACCAAACCAAAACCUCGACAUCUGCUGCCUGAGAUCAUCCCACAGCAGGAGAAAUCCAAACCGGUACCAAACAGCACCUACACGUCUCCGAAGGAGAAGCAGAUCAUAGACGAGAUCAAGCAGAAGAACCUUCAACAAGCCGAGGAGCUUCUCUAUGAGGCCAAUAUCAACCAGUUCAGAUGUGCGAAUCCACACAAGUCAGAACACACAAAGAGAGUGAUGUCCCAGAUUGAAGAAGACUUCCAGUCAAAGCUGAAGUUUGAUUCACGUUUCUCCUCUGGAACUCCAUCCAGUAAAAAGGCGGUGGACCGCCCGGUGAAGCUGAACAACGCCGCCGUCCUGAGGAGGGAGGCGCUGCAUGAGCGCCAGCUGGAGGAGGAGCUGCAGAGUCUGGAGCGGCUGGUGCAGGGCGGCGGCGAGCCCUCGGCGUUCCUGCAGUGGCAGCAGGAGAUGCGAGAGAAGGAGCUCCAGGAGGAGCAGCCCCAGAGGGAGUGCCGGCGCCUGGAGGCGCGCAUCAGCGACAGGAAGGGAGCUCUGGCUCGCCAACUCAGAGCCCAACAAAACCAGAAGGCGGCGCAGCUGCAGAAGGAAGAAACAGCUCAGCUGAUGCGCAGUUAUGCCGAGAAAAGGCUGCAGGAAGAACAAACACUGAGAGACUUGGUGCGAGAGGUGGCAGAAGGUCACAAAAACUCAAAAGCAGCCAAAGAGAAGAUCCAGAAGUUGAAGCAGAGCAUAGUGAAGGAGGUGUCGGAGCAAAGCCAGGGCCUCCUCCGCCAGGCGCUGGAGGAGGCUCAGGCACAGCUCUCUGCCCGGUUCCAACUCAUCCGGGAAAUCCACAGCAUGGAGUCGCUUCCUCACGUCAGAGUGAGGCGCUUUGACGACACAGAGACCUCGGGCCACGGCCUGCUGGAGGAGAUGCCUCUGGCGGAGCUGAAGGUCCGGCUCUCCCGGCUGAAGGAGGCCCAGCAGGCCGAGCGGCAGGAGAAGCGCCGCAGGAUCCUGGAGGAGAAGCAGAAGCAGAAGCAGCUGCAGCAGGAGAGGCUGGAAAACAUCCAGAUCCAGGAGAGGCUGCUGGCGCGGGCCGCCGCCGCCAGGAGAGAGCAGAGGAGAGCCGAGCAGCAGGCCUCCCAGCAGAUCCCACUGCAGAGCCAGAUGGUUUCGGCUCUGAAGCAGCAGCUGGAGGAGACCGACCAGGAGUUCCAGAGGCUGAAGCAGGCUGAGCGCAGCAGGUUCAGAGCCUCCAGACGGACAGCAGGGACCGCCGGGACCGCCGGGACGCAGAGACAGAGAAGAACAGAAGUGUUGAGCUGGGAUGAAGUGGAGCAGAGUCUGGCGCGCUACAUCCAGAACAGCCCGUCCUGAGAGCCUCCAGAGCUUUCUGUCC